CACACACCUCUGAGCUCUGCAGACAUGAGCAGUAACUCUGGCCACCCGUCCCGGCCGGUGUUCAUGGUGGAUUCUGGCAGAGGUCACCCUAACCAACAUCGGUAUUACCAUCAGCAGAUGCCUAGACACGCAGAGCCAGAACUGGUGCCCUGCUGGACGUUCCCCCCUGCCCGAGCUGAGAUGAAGAAAAGGGGCUGGGGGGGAACGAAUGCUGGGAUGGCCUGGGUACUGACACUGAUACUCCUGCUGGUUUUUGCAGCCCUGGGACUGGGAACCUAUCAGAUCCUGAGGUUACAGACUGAAGUGCAACGGCUGUCACAGGAAAUGCCCGCACAAAUGCAGAGCAGCGCUCCACAGAGACAAGUUGGCCUGAAUCCUGCUGAGCUGAACAGGAACAAACUUAAAUCUGCUGCACACUUGAUAGGUCGUGGAGACCAGAGCACAUCAUCUGGUAUUCUGACGUGGGAAGCAAAACUCGGCGAGGCCUUCACAGAAGGCGUCAAGUACAUCAACGGUGGCCUUCAGGUCAACGAGACCGGUUUGUACUUCGUUUACUCCCGCGUGGAGUUUCUUUCACCCAAGUGCAACCCCGAAGACUUUUACGUUCACAAAAUGCGUCUGCAGAGAAACAGCCACAACCGUACAAUCAUGGAAGAUCACCGAGAGGGCUUCUGUUCUGCAGGGAGCAAAAAGCCGUGGAUGACCGGGAGUCACAUAGGCUCGCUUCAGCAUCUCAAGGAAUCCGAUUGGCUGUUUGUCAAUGUCUCACACCCCCAUCUGCUCAGCAAAAAUUAUCACAGCAACUAUUUUGGCCUCUUCAAGACUCACUGAUCAGUUAGGGGAUGCUUAGGGCACGAUUGUGAGUUCAGAUGAAGAGGUCAGCAGUCUCUGGACUACCUUGAGAUCCUCAGAGCUUCAUUGCAAUGCAAUCUGUCUGCUUGGCAUUGUCAAAUCACAUUUGAUUUUGAAUGUAUCGGUUGCCUGUGGCUGUUAAGUUCUUUUGGAAAGUUGUGUAGAAGA